GCAGCGGGAUUUGUGGAACUCGAUGCUUGGAGGUGACGUGGCACGCGAUCCUUCCUGCGACUAUAAGGUAUCACGAGGUUAACCGUCGGCUUUCAUGGACACCACAGGUUCGUUGGCUUUCUCGUAUUUAUACGCGCGUUGUCCCAUAGCUGCAAUCAUCACCACCGCUUAACUCGCGAUCCUUCGGACUGCUCCGCUCUGCCGCCAUGACCGCUGUUCACCGCUCCCCCGCCCAGCCUCACGUGGCCUUCGUCGCCUUCCCCUUCGGCACCCAUGCCGCGCCGCUUUUUGCCCUCGCCCGCGCCAUCGCCGCCGCGGCGCCGGGUGCCGCCUUGUCCUUCCUCAGCACCGCCCGGUCCCUCGCGUCCCUCCCCCAAGCCCGGGGGCUCGGAAACAUCCGCCUCGUCCCCAUCGCCGACGGAACGCCCGAAUCUUCCGCGGAGCCGCCUCCGGCGAGCGAGCAGGCGAAGAUCGGGAUGUUCCUGGCCGCGAUGCCGGGGAGCCUUCGGGCGGGGAUGGACGACGCGGUGGCGGGGGCGGGCGGGGCGGCGGUGAGCUGCGUGGUGAGCGACGCCUUCCUGUGGAUGGCGGGAGAGGUAGCGGAGGCGGCGGGGGCGCCUUGGGUCCCGUUGUACACGGGCGGCCCAGCGUCUCUCUCCGCCCAUUUCCACACCGAUCUCCUCCGCGACACCAUUGGGGUUGGCGAACGAGCCAUCGCCCGUAGCAAGGAGCAGCUCCACUUCAUUCCCGGCCUCUCCGCGCAUCGAGUCUGUGACCUCCCCGAGGGCAUCGUCUUCGGCCCGCUCGACUCUCCGUUCUCCUGCCUCCUCCACCGCAUGGGCCAAAGCGUCGCCAAAGCCGCCGCCGUCCUUGUCAACACUUUCGAGGGCCUUGACCGCACCAUCGACGCCGAGUUCUCCGCCAGCUUCUCCAAGUACCUCCACAUCGGCCCCCUCCACCUCCUCGUGCCUCCCGCCGGCCCCACGCCGGACACGCACCACUGCCUCCCCUGGCUGGACCGCCACGCGCCAGCCACCGUGGCCUACGUCAGCUUCGGCUCGGUCAUGACUCCCCAGCCGGCGGAGCUGGCCGCGCUGGCCGAGGGGUUGGAGGCCAGCGGGGCGGCGUUCCUCUGGUCGCUCAAGGACCACGCGAGGGAGCUCCUGCCGCCGGGAUUCUUAGACCGGACCAAGGAGAGGGGCCUCGUGGUCAGCUGGGCGCCGCAGUUGGACGUCCUGCGCCACGCGGCGGUGGGUGCGUUCGUGACUCACUGCGGCUGGAACUCGGUGUUGGAGGCCAUGACGGCCGGCGUCCCCAUGGUGUGCCACCCCUUCUUCGGGGACCAAAGGAUGAACGCGAGGUCCGUCUCCCUCGUGUGGAAGAUCGGAGUCGAAUUCGAAGGCGGAGCGAUAACGAAGGAAGGGGUGUCGAGGGCUUUGGGCACUGUGCUGAAGGGUGAAGAAGGGAAGCGGAUGAAGGCGAUGGCUUGCGAGCUGAAGGCCAUGACGACGCGUGCAGUGCAGCCUCAGGGGAGUUCGUCGGUCAACCUUAAGAGACUGAUGCAAUUCGUUUGAUGUCAGUGUCUCUGAUGCCAAUAAUAAUAAUAAUUAUUAUUAUUAUUUAAUAAUAUUAUAA